CUCACGCUCUUGCUCCGGCCGCCGUCCCACCCAUCUCGCCUGCCCUCCAGCUCCGGCCGCCCCCAGUUCGCGGCGGAGGCCCGCGACCCCAGUCCGCCUCGCGCCGUCGCGGAGGCCCCUGCCUCCGGUCCACAGUGCCGCCGCCGCUGAGGCACGCGCCGCCCGGAGCCCCUCCGCCUCCGGUCCGCCACACCACCCACGCCACGCCACCACUCCCCUGUCGACCGCCGCCCCCAAUCGGCUGCUACCGCCCGCCACAGCCGGUCGCCGGCCGCACCCUCAACGCCGUCGGCCCCUCCGCCGCUCGGCUGCUCCGGACCAGAUCUCGUCGCUCCGGCCUCCCCCGCUCCGGUACUGCGUACCUCCCUCCGCCCCUCCUGCUCGGGGUCAGCUGCCGCCGCCUUCCAUCUGCUGCUCUCCGCCGGCGGCCUGCCCCCUCCGCCCCUCGGCCCUCGGUCCUCCGCUCGUCCUCCUCGGGCCGGCCGCCACACGGGCAGGGGCGCCGGGCAGGGCAGGCCGCAGGUGGCCAGGAGCCGCCACGCAGGUCUGUGCGCCACACACACAGGCCGCACGGCCGCCUGCUCGGGUCCUCCCUCGACGCCGCCGGAGACCCCUCGCUCCUUCCUGUCAUCACUCGGCCACGACCAAUGGUACUCCACAUCUCCCGUGCUGGUGCCGUCCCGCGUAGUAGCUGUCGUCGUCAGCGGCUCCUCCGCUUAUAGAGACUGUCCUUCCAUCGUUGUUCUGGGUUGUGGUGUAGUGGGACCUGGAAAAAAAAACAACAACGCGAGCAAGAGCAGCUAGGCUUGAGGGAUCUCACAGCCAUGGUGGCUGUCGGGGUCAUGCUUGCCUCGCCUGUGCUCAACAUGGUUGUCAAGGAGAUUGGCGCAGUCAUCGGAGGCCAGAUCAAACUGCAGAAGGACUUCACCAAGGACCUCAAGAAGAUGAAGAUGAUGCUGGAAUCUGUGGCGGCGGUGAUGGAGGAUGCCGAGAGGCAAUCGAUCGAGGAAAGGGAAGUGCAGCUGUGGCUGAAGCGGCUCAAGGACGCCAUGUAUGGCAUCUCCGAUAUGCUUGACGAGUUUGAAGAGGACACCCAAUCAGCUGAGCGAAAGAUCUCUCUCAAAAUGGACCUGUUGCAAUUGGCAUCUGGCUGUCUCUCUAUUUGUCCCAAAAUUAAACUUGCCAAUAGGAUGAAGGAGAUGAGAGAGGAACUGAAGGUGAUAACGGAUCAACACACGAGCUUCAUGUUGAGGCCAGGCACUAUUACCAAUGAACUGAAAAUUACUAAUACUCGUGCGACAUCAUCGGUCAUGAAAGAUGAAGAGCUCAUAGUGGGGAGAACCAACGACAAACGAGACAUAAUGGCUUCUUUAUCUGAGGGCAAUACUGGAAGGAUCACCAUAUUUCCCAUCUAUGGCAUUGGUGGGAUUGGCAAGACAACCCUAGCAAAAAUGGUUUUCAAUGAUGUACAGUUCAAAGACUACUCUCAUGUGUGGGUUUACGUGUCCCAAACAUUUGAUCUGAAUAAAAUUGGCAAUUCUAUAAUAUCGCAACUAUUAAAAGAGGAGAGCCAACUAACUGAAAGGCAGAUGAUACAUAAUUCCCUUGUAGAGCUACUUGCUGGUAAAAAUAUUCUGAUUGUUUUAGAUGACCUGUGGGAGGAUAAUGGAUCUCAUUUGGAUGACUUGAAGGAUAUGCUUAAGGUUGGUGAGCACAGUAGGAUUGUAGUUAUUGUAACCACACGCAAUGAGGGUGUUGCAAAUAAGUUUCAAACCAUUAAACCAUACAAAUUAGCACCCUUGUCAAAUGACUCUUGCUGGAUUGUAAUAAAGCAAAAGAGUAGUUUUGACUCCAGAGAUGAUAAACAUGAAGUGGAACAGAUUGGAAAGGACAUCUCCGUGAUGUGUAGAGGUGUGGCCCUAGCAGCUCAGUCGCUUGGAUACAUGUUGAAAGAAUUGAUGUCUGAUCAAUGGGAGUCUGUGAGAAAGAGUAAUAUCUGGAACGUAUCUGCUUUAGAAUAUACAGAUUCGGUGCUUUCAUCUUUGAGAUUAACCUAUAGCUAUAUGCCUUCACAUUUGAAACUAUGCUUUGCCUAUUGUGCAAUCUUUCCAAAAGGUCAUAAGAUGGUUAAAGAUGAUCUGAUUCACCAAUGGAAUUCACUGGGUUUCAUAGAGGAAACAGACAUAUUCUCCACUGAACAACUUGGUGAAAAAUACAUCAGCCAACUAUUGGGGCUGUCAUUCCUUGAACAUUCAAGGUUGCAUAAUUCAGCUACUGUAGUGCAUCAUGAAGAUUUUACACACUUGACAAUGCACGACCUAGUGCUUGACUUGGCACGAUUGGUCCUGGUUGAUGAAUUUAUUAUGGGUGUUAGCGAACGGAGCAAUUCUGGGAGAAGGAGAUGCCGCUAUGCACUGUUCAAUGAUUGCAGCAAUAAAUUGGAAUCAUACACAGAUUAUCCUGCCAAGAUAAGGGCGCUGCGUUUUGUUGACUGUGGCAGAAUUGAACUUCACGAAGAUGCAUUCUCAUCUGCCAAGUAUCUGUGUGUCUUGGAUUUAAGUGAGUGCCUUAUACAGAGGUUACCUGAUUCUAUUGGUCAAUUGAAGCAGCUGAGGUAUCUAAAUGCUCCAAGGGUCCAACAUCACAUAAUUCCCAAUUGUAUCGUGAAGCUCUUCAAAUUGAUUUACCUCAGCCUUUGUGGAUCUUCUGCAUUGAUGGCACUGCCAGAUUCAAUUGGGCAUAUGGAGGGCCUUAUUUAUCUUGAUAUGUCAGGCUGUUCAGGACUGGAGAAACUACCAGAAUUGUUCAGCAAACUAAAACAGUUGGUGCACCUGGAUUUGUCAAACUGCUCCAAUGUUACUGGUGUCUCAGAAUCCUUGCAGACCCUUACCAACCUUGAAUAUUUGAACUUGUCAUACUGCUGGAACAUCAGUGUGCUACCAGGAAGUUUGGGUAGCUUUAAGAAACUAAAAUAUUUAAACUUAUCUGGUUGUGAGGAAAUUAAAGAAUUUCCACGAUCAUUUGGGAAUCUAAAAAAUUUGAUGCAUCUUGAUUUAUCACACUGUUUUCAGGUUAAAGUAAUACCAGAAGUCUUGGGUAGUCUUACCGAACUCCAAUAUUUGAAUUUAUCACAGUGUGGCUGUAUUGGCGGAAAUAAGAUGGGAGAAGCAUUGGGCAAUCUCACCAAACUUCAGUGUUUGUAUUUGUCUGGGUUCAUGGAUACCAUUUGUGAUGAAUCAACUAGUUUCACUUCCCUUGUAUCAACUAAAACUUUCCUUGAGAGUAUCAGCACCCUUUCAAUUUUGAAACAUCUGGACUUAUCAUGUAAUGAGGGCCUUUUCUAUCUUCCAGAAUGUAUUGGUAACCUCAGAAAGCUAUGCACACUGGACCACUCGGAUUGCCCUUCACUGUCAUCUGUACCAGAAAGUAUAAUUCAAAUGGAUAGCCUAAAGAUAUAUGCAAAAAACUGCAAUUGCUUUGUGCAAGGAUUGAAUAAAAGUUUAACCAUGCUACCGGAAUUGGAGGUCCGCAUUGAUGAGUUAAAAGGUAGCAACCUCGCUUUGUUUCAGGCUGUGAACGUUACCAAGUUGACAUUAUAUGGAUUUGAAAAUGUGAAAUCUGUUGAAGAGGUGCAACACAUUAAACUGGUUGGAAAACAAGGACUCAAAGAAUUGAACUUUGAAUGGCAGUAUCCUUACAGGGUUCUGGAGGACAAUGAAGUGUUGGGAUCCCUCAUGCCACCAAGAACUAUUGAGACCUUAAAACUAAAUGGUUACAAUGCGCAAUUUUUCCAGACUAGCUAAUGGGAAUUGCUCCUUAUAAUUUCCCUAACCUUGUCAGUAUAUACCUGGAUAAAUUGGAUAAUUGUAUCAGCUUACCACCACUGGGCCAAUUACUUAGCCUGAAAAAAUUGGUGCUCAGACAAAUGAAAAGUUUGUUAAAAAUUGAGGAGGACUUCUGCGGUGGUGUGGUAGCAUUUCCUUGUCUGGAGAACUUCAGCCUAUACAAUAUGCCAAACCUCAGAGUGUGGAAGACAACAUGCUGUUAUAGUGGGGGUGGUGUGAGCAGGUACAUGUUCCCCUGCCUUCGUAUCUUGGAAAUAGGAUCUUGUCCCAAGCUGAGGCUGUAACCUUGCCCUCCCAAAGCUGAGGUGUGGACUAUAUUGUGAUGGUGUAAUAUCGUCGUGGGGAAAGAGCGCGUCACAGGCCAGCGCUUCUACUUCCUCCUCUCCUCUGGUAACUACUCUGAAGAUAUGCGGCAGCGAACUGCCUAUGCAUCAAUGGAGGUUGCUUUGUCACCUCCCUGCCCUACCUAAUUUGUACAUCAGCGAUUGCAGUGAUCUUACCAGCUCACGAGAGAUCAUCUGGGCCCUCUCCUCCCUCCAAAGCCUGUCAGUGCAUAGGGGCUAUCAGGCACAACUACCAAAGUGGUUGGAACACCUCACAGCUCUUCAGAAAUUGAGUAUCUCAUGGUGCAAGAACCUUAACAAUCUGCAGGAGAUCAUGGCAUGCCGCACC